ACAAUUUGCAUAAAAGUUCUGGGAAGAAAAGAAAGAGCACGGACUUGACGAAUAAUACUCCGUGAUCUUGCGGAGGCUCUCUAACGAUUGUGAGAGCAUAACUACAUAUAAAAUGAUGUCUCUUGCAAAAUGCCGUAAUCUCAGCUAUCGUGUACUAUGCAAUAUAAAGCAACUUUCGCCUGCUUCUACUAGAAAUUAUUACGCACACGAUAAUGUUGUUUCUAUAGGAACUGAGCAAGACAGAAACUCAGACAUCUUCCAGGAUAACUACAAUAGAAUGGCAGUGUUGGUUUCACAACUAAAAGCCAAUAUACAACAAAUUCAUGAAGGAGGAGGUUCGAAAGCCACACAGCGCCAUAAAUCACGGGGGAAGCUGGUUGCCAGAGAGAGAGUGGCAGCUCUAAUAGAUCCAUCUUCACCAUUCCUUGAGUUCUCACAGUUAGCAGGCAAGGACUUGUAUGGAUCUGAUGAUGUUCCUGCUGGAGGUGUCAUAACUGGAAUUGGACAGAUCAUGGGUACUGAGUGUGUUAUUGUUGCCAAUGAUGCGACCGUUAAAGGUGGCAGUUAUUAUCCGAUUACAGUAAAAAAGCAUCUUCGAGCUCAAGAAAUCGCAGAGCAGAAUCGUUUGCCUUGCGUCUAUUUGGUCGAUUCUGGAGGUGCCAAUCUGCCACACCAGGCCGAAAUCUUUCCAGACAGAGAGCAUUUCGGAAGAAUUUUCUAUAACCAAGCGAAUAUGUCAGCCAAGGGUAUUUCCCAAAUUGCUGUUGUGUUGGGAUCUUGCACAGCUGGUGGUGCUUACGUACCGGCUAUGGCAGAUGAAAGUAUUAUCGUUAGAAAGCAGGGAACCAUUUUUCUCGCCGGACCUCCAUUAGUCAAGGCUGCCACUGGCGAGGAAAUUAGCGCAGAGGAAUUGGGUGGUGCGGACCUUCAUUGCAGCAAGUCUGGAGUUACAGACCAUUAUGCCAUUGAUGAUCUCCAUGCUUUGCAUCUGGCAAGGAGAGCCGUUGGCAACCUGAAUUUAGUUAAAAAGCCCGAUAUCUCUCUGGCACCACCAGAAGAGCCCCUAUAUCCUGCUGAUGAUAUUUAUGGAAUUGUCGGUGAUAAUGUCAAGAAAAACUAUGACAUUCGUGAGGUCAUCGCUAGAAUUGUAGACGCAUCUAGAUUUGACGAGUUCAAAGCCAAAUAUGGUGAAACACUCGUCACCGGGUUUGCUCGCAUCCACGGUUAUCCUGUCGGUAUAGUUGCAAACAACGGAGUUCUCUUUGCUGAAUCUUCAAUGAAAGGAGCCCAUUUCGUAGAACUGUGUUGCCAGCGCCGAAUUCCGCUUGUUUUCCUUCAGAACAUCACUGGUUUCAUGGUCGGCAGAGAGGCAGAAGCAGGUGGCAUCGCCAAGCAUGGAGCUAAGCUUGUUACAGCCGUUGCUUGCGCCCAAGUUCCGAAGCUGACAGUACUUGUCGGUGGAAGUUAUGGAGCUGGUAAUUAUGGAAUGUGCGGAAGAGCAUACAGUCCGAGAUUCCUCUACAUGUGGCCCAAUUCACGAAUUUCAGUAAUGGGCGGAGAACAAGCUGCCGGUGUUCUCGCGCAAAUCUCACAAGAGCAAAGGAAACGAGAAGGCAAACAGUGGACCCCGGAGGAAGAAAAGGCAUUAAAAGAUCCUAUUCUAAAGAAAUACGAAGUUGAAGGGUCACCCUACUAUUCUUCAGCUCGGCUGUGGGACGAUGGAGUAAUCGAUCCGGCAGAUACACGUAAAGUCCUGGCACUGAGUCUGAGCGCAGCGCUUAACGCCCCAAUACCGUCGACGAAAUUUGGUAUUUUCAGAAUGUAAACUUCUAAGCAAGAGUGCAAAUGUAUAAAUAUAGGAACCCAAACAUA